AGUCACUUGCACCAGCGAAAAUAUUGACAUUAGGGCGGAGCGUGGUAACAAACUCUUUAUAGUAACAGCAACGGUGUCGGUGGGUCUAACUACCUGACUUAGUAGACCCGGUCCACAAUGUGCCUAGAAUAACGUAGGGGUACUGAUACGAUUCAAUAAGCGAGAAUCUGUUGCUGAAUUCCACAGCAACAAAAAUUAAUUUUCCAGAGCAGCAUUAAAACACAGUAAACAUAACUUUAAUAUUACGCGAAUAAAAAGUGAACGGAAACUGCGCAGGUAUUCAAUUGUGAAUGGAAUUAUUAAGCUUAAUCGUACAUCAACACCCUCACACAUAUAUGAAAUAAUCGAACUAUCACAUCGUCUGAUUGCCAUGCGCUCUCUAGAUUGCUAUAGCUAUUAUUUUUGUCACGCAUUAAUGUUGAUUAAUUGGCUCUUCGUACGCAACACAAUUAUAACCUCAACAAGGAUUAUCAGAGCCGGCGAUCACUCAUUCCCUGUGCGCCUUAUUUCACAAUAUUUGCAAUCGGCCGAUGAAAUCGCAGUGCAAUUCGUUUCACAUUCAGUAGAGCAAAUCGCAUUACGCGUCAAAUUUCGAAUGCGAAAAGUUGUUAUUAUUUGCCGACGUUUGCAAGCCAUUCGCGAAUGCUUCAUGCAAUGCGAACAAAAGGACCGACCGAUUGGCUGCUUAUGGAAUGCCACGAUAUCCAUAGCAAUACAUAUUAAUAAUCACCGAUGAACGUCAAUUUAAUUGCACAGUAUGAUAAUAUUUAAACACAAACUCGUUAUCCACUUUAAUUAUAAGUAUGUUUCACAACACAACGUUCACCCGAAUGGACUUGAAUUGCUGCGCCGACACGCCGUUGUGUGUUAACGUGCAUUCCCCUCCAACACCUCUGUUAAAUAUGAAUGGAAAGCAAUACUUAAAAUUUCAACUGCCAGACUAUUUGUGCAGACACGACAGCAGUUAAACGGCAAUCACACUUGCGUGGCCACAGAACAAGCCCAGUCAUCGGGUAAUAUUGUAGUAAUGUAUGAAAUACAGUGCUCGCUGCUUCUUCUACGCAUCAUUGGAUAUUUCAACAUACUCGCGAUAUUCUUGGGCCUCACACGGUUUCGCAUCGAUUUCAAAGCACAACGCGUGUUCCAAUCUCGGCUUGUUGCGCGCUAUGUGAUUUGCGCAAAUAUUGCCUACUUGUUGGCCUUGCCGGUUUUCUACAUUUAUGAGGCUAUGUAUACUUCUUCACAAUUCGACCGAGAUUUGGUUUUCCUCACGGAAUCGGUAAAUAUGCUCAUUAGUUUCGGAGCUGCGGCACUGUCGGUGCUCUUGCGUGGCCAAAGAGAGGGCAUACAUUUGAAAUUGGCCGAAACCGUUAUUGCACUUGAUAGACGCCACUUUCAGAAUAUGCGUGCUGGCCAAAGGUCGGUGGCACAUCGUUCAGAUCAUCUCCUCUACUUUAAAAUGUUUGCACUAUGCCUGCAGACCGUAGUCCCUUUUUACGAUUGGCUUACAGUCAACGAUACGGUGAAUGUUCCUGAGUUUCUGCAAACCUUCUACUAUGCUUACUCGCAAAGCAUACUGGCGAUGGCGCUCUUCAUGUACUACCACUGGAUCUGGCUGCUGCGGAAACGCUUCUGUUUGCUUAACUUGACCGUGCUCGAAUUGUUGCGGCGGCUGCAGCAGAUGCCAAUUGGCAGUGAGCGCUGUGGCGGCUUCAGCUCCACGCAGCAGCAGUGUUCAGUUGUAGAAGCUACCGUCAUUUUGCUCAAAAUAUCACAAAUACAUGCGCUGCUAAAUCGGCUGCUGUCGCACCUAAACAGGGAUUACAAAGUGCAGAUUUUGGCUGUGUUGCUGAAGAAUGUGAUUGAGUGCAUUUCCUUUGGGUACUAUUUGACUUUAGGGUUGAGUGGCUCGAUGGACUGGGAGUUUGAUGUGGGCACUUUAUUGUUCCUUUCAUAUGCGGCCAUAUUGUUCGUUGAUCUGAAUUUGAUUUACUGGAUUUCGGAUAUGAUUAUAGAUGCACAGCAUCAAAUGUCGGAAAUAAUGCGAAGGUUUCAGUUGUUACCUUUUCUAGGCGACGAAUUCGAGCAACAGUGCGAGCUCUUCGUAAUGCAGCUGAAGCGUCAGCAGAUGGACAACAAACUAGCUGGAAUGUUUCAAUUGAAUCGUCAAAGAGCGCUGGCGUUAUGGGCCUAUUCGUUGACUCAGAUAAUUGUAUUGGUACAAUUCGAUGUUAGUUUGCGGUUAAAACCAUCGACGGACAAUGCAGUCUUGAACAAAUUAGAUAAUUUAUUUCGUGUCAACGAUGAUGAAAAAUAAGAGAGUUUUAAAAUUUUUUUCUGUCACUUAAUUAAUUAUAAGUUUCCGGGAUAAAUAAAUAUAAAUCGAUUUCUAAAUUUAGAAGAAA